AUGACGCUGGCAGCCCGACGAGAUAUCGAGGAACAGAUCGCCCAGCGACAUGGAGAAAUCAUCGACUUGAAGCGUCGGCUGAACACGCUCGUGCUCGUUGCGCGUCUGCCGCCUGAGCUGCUUGCCGAAGUAUUCAUCGCCUACGCUGAAUUGAGCACCAGUCAACAUGUAGAUCAGUACCAUGGGUACACUGUCCACCAGUACCGUUCUCGUUUCCGCAUCGCUCAAGUCUGCCACCACUGGCGCGAAGUCGCUCUCCAAAACCCCCGGCUCUGGGCAGAUAUUUCCCUCGUCAGGCUGCCAUGCGUGAAGGAGAUGUUGGCUCGGUCGAAAGAGGCGCCCCUGACGAUUAGGGGCAGUAUGGAUGACUCCCUGGAGGGCAGGGAUCUAUUUCGAUGCUUUAUUGGUGAGCUGCACCGCGUAAGACACCUCAAUCUUACCGUGCAAACACACAUCUUGCGACAAUUUCAUCGCUCGGAACUAACGCACAUGCCCCUCUUACGAUCCUUGAAAUUGAGCGCAUCGUACGGGGAGAGUCCGCGGAGCGCCGAGCCGCUGCCGUUCAUCUCGACUCUCGCGCCUACACAGCUUCGCGAGCUCGAUGUGACUGGAUAUCCGUUGGACUCCUUUCGAAUGUUCAUUCUCCCGUCCCUCACCAGCCUGUCUUGGUCUGGACAUUCGAUCAAAUCGACGGUUUCCACCGUCCUCGCCUUGCUCCGUGAUACUCCGCUUCUCUGCUCACUCGCGCUAUCCAACUCGCCCUCAAUUUCUGGAGAGGAUCUCCUGCUCCACAUCUCAGAACGUCACGUCGACCUUCCUCAUUUGCAACGUCUGUAUAUUGACUGCGACGUUGUUCCUUGUGCGGAGUUCGUAGCUCAUACAUCAUUUCCGGUGGAGGCUGCGAUUCACUUGAAGGUGGACGGCUUGUUGAACGAAACUCAGCCUCAAGCGGUGGAAGCCAUAGCCUCUGUCAUCGACAGAAUGACGGACGCGCAGCCUCUCCGCACUCUCCUCAUAAAACGUGUACACACAUACGGUCGGGCGCUGGAAUUUAAAGGAUGGACCCACGUACUUCCUCACGAAUCAGAUUCGCACCAGCCCUCGCCGAAAGUACAACUGACGGCGUUGGAUGGAGGGAUUGUCGCCCAGUCAAUCAUGGCGAAACUAGGAAGACGCUUACCGCUCUCCGACGUGGAGUAUCUCCAACUUGAAGAUAUACCCGGCUUCGAAGCAUGGAAAACAUCGUUCGGGCACAUGUCGAAGGUGACCAAACUGCGGGUCAACGGGUUGGCGGCCGAUUUUCUCUCUACUGCGCUGCACUUCCGCAAGUCCAAGAAAAAGAAUCCUGGGAGUCAGAACAGGGACUUGCGAGACGUCAAAGAUAACGACCCGGACGUCCGCCUGUUUCCUCGACUACAGUGUCUUCAAUUGGAAGAAGUGCGAUUUUACGAGAUCUACGAGGAGCCUACGGACGAGGAUGUCAUAGAUAACAUCGAGGCGGCGCUAGCGUCCAGGAAGGUCAGGCGUCGCAAGUUCCAACACCUCGACAUUCGAAGAGCUAUCAACUUCGGCAAGGACGAAUUAGCACGCCUACAGCGAGUUGUCAAGACGCUUACCUGGGACGGAGAGGUAAGUAUAGAGGACGUCGACGAAGACGAAGAUGAAGAAUAUUACGGCGAGGAGAAUGAUUAUUACUCUAUAGGGAUGGGUGGUUUCUGGUCUGACGAUUUUGACGAGGAUCCGUACUAUUUUGACUGAAGCCACUAGCUACUGGUGAGAGCGAGUACGGACGUAUCUUGAACCAAUCGUUGCUGGAGCUGGCCGUUUUGUACUUAUAU